AUUUUAUAUAUAAUACAAUAACAUUAUAGUAUAUAGUUGCAAUAAAUAAUAUUAUAUAAAAAACAUAUAUAAAAAUAAAUAAUAAUAAUAAUAAUAAAAAAGAUAUAAAAUUCAUUAUAAAUAAUAAUAGAAUUUAUACUAUAAAAUCAUUCGUCACUUUUAUUAGUAUAAGUAAUAAUUAAUACUAAACUUUACUUUGUUUGGAAAUUUUAAAUAAAUAUUAAUCAAAGUUAACAAAUAAUUAAUUAAUCAACAAUAAUUUUAAUCAUUUUUAAUAAAUUUUUUUUAAUCAUUUUUUAUUUUAAUAAUUUUAAAUUUAUUAGUUAUCAUAUUUUUUUAAUAUUCAAAAUAGAUAUUUAUUUUUUAAAGACAAUUAGAAAUUAAAAAGAAAUAUCAAAUAGAUAAUCAUCAAAAAAAAAAAAAAAACAAAAAAAAAAAAUAUAUAUUAACAUAAAAUGUUUUCACCAUGUCAAGGAUAUAGAAUUGAGGGUUUAACAGAUGGUGAUUCAAAUUGGUCAAAUCAACCAGUUGACCCAAAUUUAAAGGUUAUGCCAUCAAUUUAUAGACAAAACUUUUAUGGAAAACCUCAUAAAACUUAUAUGAGUUAUUACUCACCAUUAGGACCAACUUCAAUUAGUGUUAAAAAAGAAAAAGAUGAAUAUUAUCUUUUAAUUUGUACAGAAAAGGGUUUUGAAGAAGUAAGAGUACCAAAAGCAACAGUUUAUAGACCAACUGGAAGAAAAGUAUUGGGAAUGAAGCCAAAAUCACUACAUGUUAUUACAUCAGUACGUCCCGAACUUACAAAUUAUAAUUUAUCAAAAGUUGCCGGUAAAAAUAUUCAAGAUGAAUUGUUAAAAGUAUAUGAGCCAGAAUUCUCCAAAGUAAUGAAGGUUGGUAUUCUUUAUUGUAAAGAUGGUCACCAUGAUGAAAAUGAAAUGCUUAAAAAUAUAUCUGUAAACUCUUCACCUGAAUAUAUAGAAUUUUUAAAUUUUUUAGGUGAGAAAGUUGAACUAAAAGAUUUCAAAAACUAUUCAGGUGGUUUAGAUAUUACCAAUAAUUCAAGUGGUACCCAUUCAAUAUUUUCAAAAUAUAAAGAUGUUGAGAUUAUGUAUCAUGUAUCAACAAUGUUACCAUUUUUCCCAAGUGAUCCAAAACAAACAGAAAGAAGAAAGCAUAUUUGUAAUGAUAGAAUAGUUAUUGUUUUUAAUGAUGGCAAACAGGCAUAUAAUCCAAACUGUAUAAAAUCAAAAAAUACUCAAAUUAUAAUUUUAGUUCAACCAAUAAAACCUAUUGAAAAUUCAACUAUUGGUAUUUCAAAUGAUGAAAGAAAAUGUGAUGAUACAACACCAAUUUCUUCACCAGUUAUUAAUAACCCAGGUUCGCCCAAUAUUAACUCAUCUGGAACAAGAUAUAAGGUUUCAAUUGCAAAUAAAAAUGAAGUUCCAGGUUAUGGACCAGCAUUACCCGAUGCACCAGUUUUUAAUAAGGAUGAAGCAUUCAGAAAUUUCCUUUAUGAAAAAAUGAUAGCAGGUGCCUCCUCAUUAAGAAACUCCCCAGUAUUCACAGGUAAAGCUCAAAGUGAUAAAGCUGCAGUAUUUUUAAAUAUUAUAAACAAAUAUUCAAAGAAUCCAACUACAACUAUUGAACCAUUAUAAACAAAAAAAAGUGUAAAUCAAAAAAAUCAAAAAAAAAAAAAAAAAAAAAUCAAAAAAAAAUUAAAUAGUAAUAUUAGUAAUAAUAAUAAUACAACCAUAUAUAAUAAAUCUUUUUUUUUUUAAUGCGCAUAAAGAAAUUUUUAUUAAAAAUAAAAUUGUUUUUUUUAAAAUACUAUAGCU